AGCGGCUAGGGCUGGCAGAGGACAGAGACCCGAGCCAGGGCAGUGAGACGGCAUCGAACGAGGCCAGCAGAACAGGACCGGCCGUGAACAAGAAGCCGGACGGGAAAGACAGACCCCCAAGCACCCCCUCAGCCAAGUGGGAUCUUCAGGAUGGUCAAAGCCCAGACGCAGGCAGCCCCCACGCCGGCCACUCCGAUGGCAGCUGCAGAAGACCUGCCCCUCCCCGCACCCCCAGGCCUGGAGGAUCUGCCGCCACCGCCCCCCAAGGAGUCCUUCUCCAAGUUCCACCAGCAGAGGCAAGCCAGCGAGCUCCGCCGCCUGUACAGGCACAUCCACCCUGAGCUCCGCAAGAAUCUGGCCGAGGCUGUGGCUGAGGACCUGGCCGAGGUCCUGGACUCUGAGGAGCCCACCGAGGGUGAUGUCCAGUGUAUGCGCUGGAUCUUCGAGAACUGGCGGCUGGAUGCCAUCGGGGACCGUGAGAGGCCGCCUGCCAGGGAGCCCGUGUCGGGCGGGGACGUCCAGGGUACCUCCCGCAAAUUUGAGGAAGGCUCCUUUGCCAACAGCACAGACCAGGAGCCUGCAGGACCCCCGCCAUCCGGAGGGGACGUUCGUGCAGCCCGCCGGCUGUUUGAGACAAAGCCGCUGGAUGAGCUGACCGGCCAGGCCGAGGCGCUGGAGGCCCCGGUGAGGGAGCCCGAAGCCAGCGGGGAUGUCCAGGGUACCAGGAUGCUCUUUGAGACGCGGCCGCUGGACCGCCUGGGCUCCCGCCCCUCCAUCCAGGAGCAGAGCCCCCUGGAGCUGCGCUCAGAGAUCCAGGAGCUGAAGGGCGAUGUGAAAAAGACAGUGAAGCUGUUCCAGACAGAGCCACUGUGUGCCAUCCAGGACGCAGAGGGUGCCAUCCACGAGGUCAAGGCUGCGUGCCGGGAGGAGAUCCAAAGCAACGCGGUGAGGUCUGCCCGCUGGCUCUUCGAAACGCAGCCUCUGGACGCCAUCAACAGGGACCCCAGCCAGGUGCGGGUAAUCCGGGGGAUCUCCCUAGAGGAGGGGGCCCGGCCUGACGUCAGCGCAACCCGCUGGAUCUUUGAGACACAACCCCUGGACGCCAUUCGGGAGAUCUUGGUGGACGAGAAAGACUUCCAGGCAUCCCCAGACCUUAUGCCUCCUGGUCCAGACGUCCAGCAACAGAAGCAUUUGUUUGAGACCCGAGCAUUAGACACUCUCAAGGGGGACGAGGAGUCUGGGGCACAGCUCCCACCCAAAGAGGAAGUAGUCCCUGGCGAUGUCCGCUCUACCCUGUGGCUAUUUGAGAUGAAGCCCCUGGACACUCCUAGAGACAAGGUCCAAGUGGGUCACCUGCAGCGAGUGGGUUCCCGGGAGCAGGAAGGGCUCACGUCUGAGCAUCUAUACAGUGAUGGCUCCUCAGCUCUGUCCCUCUCUCAGAGUGCUCCCCAGAGGGAUGGCGUGAAGGGGGACGUGAAGGCCUUCAAGAACCUUUUUGAGACCCUUCCCCUGGACAGCAUUGGGCAAGGUGAGCCUUCGGCCCAUAGGAAUGUGAGCAGAGCCGAAGGAAAGGAUUCUGCUGGGCAGUCCCAGGACAUAGGGUCCCCGGUGUAUGCCAUGCAGGAUGGCAAAGGCCACCUCCAUGCCCUGACCUCUGUCAGCAGAGAGCAGAUAGUUGGAGGCGACGUGCAGGGCUACAGGUGGAUGUUUGAGACACAGCCCCUGGACCAGCUAGGCAGAAGCCCCAGUACUGUGGACGUGGUGCGGGGUAUCACCCGGCAGGAAGUGGUGGCCGGAGAUGUAGGCACGGCCCGGUGGCUCUUUGAGACCCAGCCCCUGGAGGUCAUCCACCAGCGGGAACGGGAAGAACGCCAGGAAGAAGAAGGAAAGAGUCAGGCAGGUCCCCAGCCUGAGGCACUCCCAAAAGGUGACGUGCGGACCAUCCGGUGGUUGUUUGAGACCUGCCCGAUGAGUGAGUUGGCAGAGAGGCAGGGGUCAGAGGUCACAGACCCCACAACGGAGGCCGAGGCUCGGUCCUGCACCUGGAUGUUUGCACCCCAACCCCUGGACAGGCCAGAAGGCUCCAGGGAGCGGCACCUGCAGGUCAGCCAGAUGCAGGCUGGGGCCGGACAGACAGAAGGGCAUGUCUUUGAAACGGAGCCUCUGCAGGCCUCGGGCCGUCCCUGUGGAAGAGGGCCUGUGCGCUACUGCAGCCGCGUGGAGAUCCCUUCGGGGCAAGUGUCUCGGCAGAAGGAGGUCUUCCAGGCCCUGGAGGCAGGCAAGGGGGAAGACCAGGGGCCCAGAGUACUCCCCGAGCCCAUCCCUGUGGGCUCUGUGCACAAGUUCACCUGGCUCUUUGAGAACUGUCCCAUGGGCUCCCUGGCGGCCGAGAGCGUCCGAGGGGGCAACCUCCAGGAGGAGCAGCCCACGGGCGCCUCAGGCAACAAGGCGCUGGAGAGGCAGGAGACUGCGGCUGAGGGCACCCUGAAGGCUUUGCACACUGUGCCUGGCAUCCUGCACCAUGGAGGCAUCCUCAUGGAGGCCCGGGGGCCAGGGGAGCUCUGCCUGGCCAGGUACGUGCUCCCAGGCCCAGGGCAGGGGGCACCCCACGUCCGGAAGGAGGAGCUGGUGUCUGGCGAGCUUCCCAGAAUUGUGCGCCAGGUGCUGCGCCGGCCAGAUGUGGACCAGCAGGGGCUGCUCGUUCAGGAGGACCCGGCGGGCCAGCUCCAUCUGAAGCCACUGAGGCUGCCAGCUCCGGGCGGCAGCGGGGAUGUCGAAGACGUGGAUCCCGAGUUCCAGCAGCUGCUGGCUUGUGGCCUGGGGGCCUCAGUCGCGAGGACCGGGCUGGUGAUGCAGGAGACUGAGCAGGGGCUGGUCUCGCUGACCGCCUACUCCCUGCAGCCCCGGCUGACCGGCAGGGCCCCUGAGAGGGGCAGCGUGCAGCUGCUGGCCAGCUGCAUCGACAAAGGAGACCUAAGCGGCCUGCACAGUCUGCGGUGGGAACCACCAGCUGACCCAGGUUCCGUGCCCACCAGCGAGGGGGCCCAGAAGCUGCCCCCAGCUGAGAACAUCAUCCAUGUGCCCCCUCUGGACCCCAGCAUGGCGAUGGGGCAUCUGAGAGGCCCGGGGAAGGCGGUCCCUCUGGCUGGGGAAGGGAAGCGGGAAUAUAGCUGCACUGGACACAAAGGGAUAGCAGCUGCGGGAGAGUCGGAAGGAACCACAGCUAGGCCCCUGGGGCCUGGGGCCCCAGACCUCCGGGCCGCCAUGCAAAAUCUGCGGGUGGCCACCGCCGAGGCCCAAAGCCUGCACCAGCACGUUCUGAGCAAGCACAAGCAAGCCUCCACCCCUGGAGCCACCUCCGCACCCUGUCAGGAUGGUCAGCGGCAGGCAUCGGCUGCGGCCACCGUGGCUGCCCAGAGCAACGCUGGGCCUAUGGCUGGAGGUGACCCCAGGAUCCCAGCAGCCCCCAGAAAGGUCAGUGGGGAACAGGAAGCAUUGCCCGGAGGGCUGCCGGGGGGGUGGGUGACUAUUCAGGAUGGCGUCUACACUGCUCACCCCGUGAGGACCUUUGACCCAUCAAGGGGUGUCCAGCCUUCCGAAAGAGAGCUCCCACAGAGGGGCGGGGACGCUGCCCCCUCGGCCCAGGCUCCAAGCCCACUCCAGGAAGGGCCAAGGCAGAGUCGGGGGCCUGGGUGGGAGGAGCCUGGGGGCUGCACACAGACGGCCUGGGGAUCUCCAGAAAAGGCAAUGGCAAGAGUCGGCCCAGGAGGCCUCCAAGCUGCAAAGGUUGCCUCUUCAGCCCACCACACUCUGGCCUCUGGGCCUCGGCCUGCAGGUGCCAGCCUGCACUCCCAUAAUGCCUCUGUUCCUCCUCCUCCUCCUCUCUCAGCUGCUGUGACAGGACCCGACUUCGCAGCCCAAGCCCGCCGUGAUGAGGACUGUAUCCAGCAGGACUCCGAGGCCCUGAGGGCCCCCCUUCUUCACUCCCACAGCAGCCCUGCCAGCCAGAGAAGCCCUGGGGACGCACAGACAAAGACCCCAAACCCCGAGCCCAAAAUGCCCCCGAGGAAGAAACCUCAGCUGCCUCCCAAACCUGCACACCUAAGCCAGAUCCCCCCUCCCCAGUGGCUGCCCAAGCCCUCAGCUCUGUCUCCCAGCGCCUCCAGAGAAGCCGGGCAAGGAGACUACAAGCCAGGUGAGAGAGACGCAGCCAUCGGCGGGCCAGCCCACGUCCCCACCACCGCCAGCCAGGGAUGCACGCCUCCGGCUGGAUGCUCCAGAGAACAGAGCCGGCCCAGCCCCCAACAGGGCCCCGGCGCCACGGCUUCCAGAUCCACCAAGAGCCAGGCUGCAGGCAGCAACGCCCAGAGCGCUGAGCCCCGCAAGCUCUCAGCUCUCCACGGUCACCCCACCUCACCGCUGCAGGGUCCCAGCCCCCCAGGAGAGAGGCCCGAGGCAGAUUCCCAGCAAGGGGCCUCUGAGAACGCGGGGCUUCUGCAGGGAAGCCAGCAAGAGCUCCAGGGUCUCCUGAGCCAGGUGCAAGCCCUGGAGAAGGAGGCGGCGAGCAGUGUGGACGUGCGGGCGCUGAGGAGGCUCUUUGAAACUGUGCCCCAGCUGGGAGUGGCUCCUCAGGCUCGUGCUGCCCCCCAAAAGCCUGAGGCCUCAGUGGUGCAGGCCUUUGGGGAACUGACAAAGGUCGGCACAGAGGUGGCCCGGCUGAGGGAACAGACCCUGGCCAGGCUGCUGGACAUUGAGGAGGCUAUACACAAGGCCCUGAGCUCCAUGUCUGGCCUCCAGCCUGAGACAAACACCAAGAGCCAGUCCCAAGGACCCCUGAAGGACCACGGUGCCCGCAAGAUCGGUAACACGGACAGGAGGAAAGCCGGACCUAACUGCUCAGGCAGGGAGGUCAGAGGGCAGACUGCAGUCAAGAACCAAACCCAGGAUGCAUGCCCAAACCCAGAUGCUCUGGACUCUGAGGUCCAGAGUCAGGCCAAGGUCAGAAAUCACGCAGAGGCCGGGGGUCAAUCAGCCCCAAUGGUUCCUUCCACCAGGAGGCCAGAGACAUUGAGAGAAGACUCGGGCCUCCCUGGGGUCUUCCCUUCCCGCCGAGAUUCAUCUUGCUCCCCGACCUUCAUCUCCAUUGAGUCAGCCACAAGGAAGCUUCCAGAGGCUCCCAGCCCCAGGGGCACUCACCUGGCACAGGAUGUGGGCCAGGCCCAGCUCCACCAGAAGGGUUUCCAAGACAAGGCUGGAAAGAAGGAGGUCACCCCGUGCUCUGGGCAGCCAGAGCCCGCCCCUGCCUCCUUAGGAAGCCCCCUGCCCGCUGGGCAGAGAAGCAUUGUGGAGCUGCAGACUGGACCGGGCGGCCCCCAGUGCUAUGGAGCCACAAGAACGGCUACCCAGCAGUACGAAGGGGUGGACCAGUGCAGGAACCCAGCCCUCCAGCCCUCCACCAGGGUCACGGAGGAGGCAGAGCUGCCCAGGGCCCCAGGACCCCACCUUGAGCUCCACGCUUCCCCCUUGCUCCGGCAGUUUCUGCACAGCCCAGCCAGGCUCAGCGGGGGCCUGGCAGAGGCUGGCAGGGUGCGUGCUCCCUGCGGCCACUCCCAGCCCGAAGCCCAGUGAGCCCCUGAGCCUCUACCAUAGCCUCCGACCCGCACUGGGGGGCUUCCCUCCGGGGCCCCAGGACCGAGGCGGGUGCCGACCUCCUUGCACACCUGAGGCAGGACCAAGAAGAAAGGGCAUCUUUGGAGACCUGUGGGAGGUUUCCGUUUCCUCAGCUCCAUCAGUAGGCCCAAUUCUUGCAAAGGGAAGAAAGGUUGGGAAGAGGCCCGCCAAGCGGCACGGACAUGGGAGUGGCACGGGGGCCGGUCGCUGCUUCUGGAGGACGGAACGUGGACAGACGCACCUGCUUCUCCCACAGGCCCGGCCGUCCGCAUGAGUCUGCAGGCCUGACUCGGAGCCCCUGAGUGAUCCUUCCCCCUCGGCCGUUCUUUCUUUUAUUAGGAGCCAAAAUGUUCUCAGCCCUCUGCUCCUUGAUUCUUGGAGAAGACAGGGCCAGCUGGGCAACAGGACCGGUUGCUGUUCAGGAUUGGCCUGAGGGCUCCAGAAGGGCCCUGCUGCAGCCCUCUCGUCACUAUCUCCCUCAUUCAGCGGCUCAUCCCGGCAGCCCAAAGAUCACACACAAGAGGCUCAGCAAUCAGCCGUGUCCGUAAAACCAAAUGUACUGCCUCUCUGCCCCCACCACCCUUCACUCUGUACCCCAGACGGAAACGAUACGGUCGGAAUAAACACAGGUUUUAUUCUGUCA